AUGUGCAACAACACCCCUGCAUGUCCCCAUUGCCCACUUUUGGCAUUUGUUACACAAACCAGAGCUUCAAAAUUUAAAUCGCGAUGCAAAGAAGAAGCACAGUACUCCACAACUUACAAGGCCUUGAUGAGUGACCCUGGUCUUACGGUGCGGGAAUUACCUUUCCGCACCCGAACUCCUGGGUACAGAACAAAUUUGACCUCGGAGUAG